AUGAACCAUUGGACUAAUAAACCAGGAUACCGAAGACGCGUGUUGUGGAGUUAUUUCUCAGAAGAAAAUAUGCAGAAGGAGAAACGACAGCGCCAGGAAUUCGCGCACAGAGAAACGGAGAUGGUGGGGGUCGCACAGCCACCGAUUAGCACCUUUGAUUCACGACCGCGGGCCGCGGUCUACGAUGUCGCUGGAAAUUUGUUUAUGCGAGUAGAGUUACUGGAGCUGUUUCCUGCAAUUACCACCCGUCAUGCCCGCAAAGCUGUGACGCACAGUUUCAAGUUCUCUGAAAUAGCUAUCACCCGGUCACCCGGUCCUGCGAUGGUCAUUGUCGCGUCAGCUGUAGUAGCCAUUAGCAAAAAUCCCAUGACUCAUGAACCAAUUUUCGAUCCUUCUGUACGACUUGGUUAUUCCGCAAGCGCCAUCAUGUCCCUGACCUACAAGCUACACCGAAUCUUGGCCAUACAGCCACAGUGGAAGAUGUCGUCGCGGGCUAUCUCCCACGCGAGGUUAGCCGGAAUCAUACGCAUAGACGAGACAGAGGUAAUGACCCGUGUUCUCGUAGAGAAAAAAAACCCGUCUUGGUGGGACAUCCAUACGGUCGCCUCGAAAACAUUAAUCUUACUCGUCCCCCACAUCACUUCAAUAUCCCAAACUAUUCCAUUCCUUAAUCCUCGUAUCUCCAUUUCGGAAAGAAACUGA